AUGGCUUCUUCAAAUGAGAAGACUAUUUCAUCAUCAAGUGGAAAAAGUGAUCCAUGUUGGAAAUAUGUUCAAUGCAUUAAUCCAAACAAUAAGAAUGAUUUGAAAUGCAACUUUUGCGAUAAAGUUACAAAAGGUGGAAUAUUUAGAGCUAAACAACAUAUUGUGGGAGGUUUUAGAAAUACAACCAUUUGCCAAAGAUGCCCACCACCUAUGCGAGAAGAGAUUCAAUCUUUUAUGAUAAAUAAGGUUAAUGCAAGCAAGAUGUUUGAAGGUAAUUUUCCGGAUAAUAUUAUUGAAGUAGAUGCUUUUGGCGGUGAUGAAGAAGAUGAAGAUGAAAAAACCAUUAUGAUGAGCUCGCACCAAGGAAGUAGUAAAAAUUUGAAUGCAAAGAAACGACAACGACAAAAGGGACCAAUAGAUUUAUACUUCACACAAAAUGCUGAAAAUUCAAGAAAAAAGGAAAGAAAUCUAAAGCAAACAACAAUCAAUGAUACUUGCAAGAAGGAGUUGCGGGAAGAGCAUGUAGAGAAAUAG